GAUAGUUAUUGAUAGCACACACAUAUUCAUACAAACAUACAUUUCAGUCCCGUUCGCCUACUGUGUUUUUCUUUUAGUAAACAAAAAUGGAUUUUAUUGACGAUUUUAUUGAGGAAUAUAAAUGCAAUCCAUGUCUGUGGAAAGCGGACUCUGCCGACUUCAGAAAUCGGACCCGAAGACAGGAGGCGUACAUGAAGCUGAUAGAAGUGGCCACCAAGCAUGGAGAGAUGUACAAUGUCGAAAGAACAAAGCAAAAGAUAAACAAUCUUCGUUGUGCAUUUCGUCAUCAGUUAAGAAAAUACAACGAGGUUAAGAAAAAGGGCGAAAAGUACGAGCCCUACUGCCCAAAGCGGCGCUACUUUGAGUCACUUAUGUUCCUCAAGGACGAGGAGAUCCCGGACAAGAAGUGCAAGCGCGAGCAGCAGGCCUGUUCCGAGAGCGCGGCGGCUCAACUGGCGCUCCCAGAGAACUGCGACGAGUUUUCCGACGCCGAGAGCCUGCCAAAGCCACCGAAGGCGGAUUCCAGCAGCAAGCUGUCCCCCAACAACAGUGCAAAUGAAUUCUGUGCCAACAUCUUUGAAGAGGCCGCUGCCACCGCUGACCCCGUCAUCAGUAUUAAGACAGUUAACGCUAACAACCAUAGUGGCGGCGCCACAGUCAAGGAGGUGGAGAUCGUGGUGCCCGCCAAUAACAGCAGCAGCAGAGUCCUGUCGGCGCGGAGAAAAUCUCUUCCCGAUUCCGUGAAACCCCAUGGAGACAGCGUUGAGCACUGCAAGCGCAUUAUGACCCAACCGAGACAAAACCAUAAUCAGGAGCAGAACCACAUCAGCCGAAAGCGCUCAUCCUCUGUGUCCUCGCAGGUGUCGGAGGAUAAUGAUCCGCCACCGGGGAAAUUCCGAGCCGACCUAUCCACAAUCGAUGUUGAGCGACUCUUUUCGCUGGCGCUGAAGAGUGCCGACAGCCAGCUGGACGAUCAUUUCUCAAACUUUGGCAAGGUAAUCGCCCACAAGCUGCGGACCAUGGACGCCACCCAGGCUGUAUACGCCGAGAAAAUAAUAGCCGAUGUUCUAUAUCAGGGGCAGAUGAAAAUGCUAUCCACACUGAGUAUACAUCAGUUUUUGGGAGUGGACAAUGCCACGGUUUAUGUGGAAAGUCACACCAAAUGAUGGGCCCCCCGCUAAAGACGUACUUGUAGACUUUAUGUAAUAAUAAGAUAAAGAUAAAGAACAGAUAAAAUAUACAUUUGUGUGUA